AAUUUGCUGGGUUCAACCCUUCUUCCAUUUUCUUCCCCAGAGAUUUUCCGGAUACGGGAAACAAUGAAUCGCUUCGUCGUCGGCGUUCUUUUCUUAUGCCUACUUUCAGUUUCAAUUCUAAGCGUUGGUGCUCGGAAUCGCGUCGGCGAUGUGCUCAGACUGCCGUCGGAGAUGACAAAAGUCAUCGGUGGCAGUGGCGACAAUAAUGAUGAUGAUGAUGAUUCCGUGGGUACCAGAUGGGCUGUGCUCCUCGCUGGUUCUAACGGUUACUGGAACUACCGUCAUCAGUCUGAUGUGUGCCAUGCCUACCAAAUCUUGAGAAAAGGUGGAAUGAAAGAUGAAAACAUCAUUGUUUUCAUGUACGAUGAUAUUGCCUUCAACGAGGAGAACCCUAGACCUGGUGUCAUCAUCAAUAACCCACAUGGUGCUGAUGUUUAUGAAGGAGUUCCAAAGGAUUAUACCGGAGAUAAUGUUACUGUUGAUAACUUCUUUGCUGUUCUCCUUGGAAACAAAACAGCUCUUACUGGGGGUAGUGGAAAGGUUGUGGACAGUGGUCCAGAUGACCAUAUUUUUGUUUACUAUACUGACCAUGGUGGUCCUGGGGUUCUUGGUAUGCCAACUGGUCCUUACCUCUAUGCAAAUGAUCUAAUAGACGUGUUAAAAAAAAAGCAUGCUUCAGGGACAUAUAAAAGCUUGGUGUUCUAUCUUGAAGCUUGUGAAUCUGGGAGUAUUUUCGAGGGCCUUCUACCAGAAGGCUUAAAUAUCUAUGCUACAACUGCAUCAAAUGCAGUGGAGAGCAGUUGGGGAACCUACUGUCCUGGCGAGUCUCCUCCUCCUCCUCCAGAAUAUGAGACCUGUUUGGGUGACUUAUACAGUGUUGCUUGGAUGGAAGAUAGUGAUGCGCACAAUUUGAGGACUGAAACUCUGAAGCAACAGUUCCAACUGGUAAAAACGAGGACGGCGAAUGAAAAUUUUGCUUACGGCUCCCAUGUUAAACAAUAUGGGGAUUUAGGUCUUAAUGCGGAGCACCUCUUUCUGUAUAUGGGUACAAAUCCGGCAAAUGAUAAUUCUACCUUCAUAGAAAAGAACUAUUUGCCAUCUUUUUCAACGGCAGUCAACCAACGGGAUGCAGAUCUUCUUCAUUUUUGGCGCAAGUUCAGUAAAGCACCAGAAGGCUCUCCUAGGAAACUUGCAGCUCAGAAGCAGUUUGUCGAUUUUAUGUCUCAUAGGAUGCAUGUAGACCACAGUAUUAAAAUGAUUGGAAAGCUUUUGUUUGGAAUUGAGAAAGGUUCAGAGGUUCUGGAGGCAGUUCGUCCUGUAGGACAGCCCCUUGUGGAUGAUUGGGGUUGCCUUAAGACAAUGGUGAGGACUUUCGAGACACACUGUGGAUCUUUAUCCCAAUAUGGAAUGAAACACAUGCGAUCCAUAGCUAACAUCUGCAAUGCUGGUAUAAAGGAGCAGCAGAUGGCUGUGGCCUCAGCCCAAGCUUGUGUGAGUAUGCCAACCAAUUCUUGGAGUUCCCUUCACAAUGGAUUCAGUGCAUGAUUAGCACACAAGUCCCAACCCAACAACAUCUUUGACCGGUUGGUGUCUUAUAUGUAGAUAUAUAUGUCUCUGGAAUUGUUGUUUAUGCACUUUAGAUUGGAUCCAUUAUAAGUACAGCUUAGAAACAAAUAUAUCACGCUUGUAUG